GGUUAAGUACUCCGUUUGUCAUAUGACUGAUAUCUUGAACUUUGGUGGAUAUUUUUGCUUGCAAACUAUUGUUGAAGAUAUUGUCAAUCCAGGAACCAUGAAUAAGAGAAUGGUGGGCUGGGGUCGCAGAAAUAUUAGUGGAAUGCAGGUCUUCAGCUUUCUAAUGGGACACUGUCCAUGUUUUAGUUGCAUGACUCGGUAAAUAACCAUUGGCAUUUUUAUAAACAUUCAACAUAUUACGCCACAGUACAUUUUCAGAAAUGAGUACAAACUUGAAGUUCUAAAUACAAACACCUGAGGAGAAAUUUGGUUCUAUGGGUUCUACCCAUAAACAGAGGAUUUGUUUUGCACGGUAAAAUGUGCUCGUUUGGAAGGACCUUUCCAAAGAAGGGGCAGACAUGUGUUGUCCAUUACAUAGGGAUGCUGCAGAAUGGGAAGAAAUUUGACUCUUCUCGAGACAGAAACAAGCCCUUCAAGUUCAAGAUCGGCCGACAGGAGGUUAUCAAGGGCUGGGAGGAAGGAGUGGCGCAGAUGAGCCUGGGUCAGCGAGCGAAGAUUACCUGCACCCCAGACAUGGCGUACGGCGCCACAGGUCACCCCGGAGUCAUCCCUCCAAACGCUACCCUCAUCUUCGAUGUGGAGCUCCUCAAGCUUGAGUGAGGUGCUUUUUUUCUUUUUUUUUGGUUUCUUUUUUUCAUUUGUUUCUGCUGUUGCAGGGCCACGGUCGUGGGGGCAAGAACAAGACAAACAUCAGGCCCCAGUGACGCCUAACCCCCCUCUCAUCCUCAACCUACCUACCCCCCCUCCUCAAACUAAGCCACCAAGGAACUCCUUGCAUUGAUUUCUAGCAUUUUAAAUUAGGACUCUGCUUCAUUGCCAUCCUCAUCAUAUAGGUGCUGCCUGAACUCUAUACACACCACUACCAUCGUUUGGCUUCUUUGUUAAUGAUAUGUUUGGCCAACUUCAAUGUUUUUUUUUUUAUGUAUCAGGUUGUAUUUUUUUUUAUAUGCAAAUGAUCCUAAUGAGCAAAUAAAUCAACACCAUAAUCUAUUAAAACAUCUCUAUACCAUUGCCUUACUGUAUUUGAAUACUGUGGUAUGACGUAAUAAACCAAUAUUCUGUCUUGUAGGGGGCAUUAACAACCACUCUUUGCAUUGCCACUUUUGAUAAAAACACUGUCCUGCUGAAAGAGUAUGAUAAUGUUGCUAUGUUACCUAUAAAAUAUUUUAUAUAUAUAUAUAUAUAUAUAUAUAUAUAUAGGGAUAUAUAUAUAUAUAUAUAUAUCCCUCAUAUACUCUCACUGCGAAUGCUCAUAGGAUUGCAUAAUGAGUUAAUGCCAGGAACAAAUAAUUUACUGUAACAUGGAGAGCUUUGGCUAAAUUAUGUUUUAUUGAUCAACUCUUAAUAAAGAUACUUGGAACUUUGAAA